CCAGACGAGGUCCUCGCCGGAGAUUUACCGAGCUUGGUCCCCGGCGGCGGUGGCAUCAGCGUCGGCGGCGGAUGGAAGGUGGGUGGCGAUGCUGAGGCAGCUGAUCGGCCAGGUCGAGGAGCUCUGGGAGCUCUACGGUCCUCGUAGCCUCGAUCGUGAUGAAAGUUCAUCUGUUUGAUUUAAAACGGAUAUAGAAGGGAGAAUUGGGAAUUGAGCAAAUGCGAUGGAGAGCAGGAAAAGUGAGGAGAAAAGUAUAGAACCAAGUUGCACUCCUUCAUCGACAAUGCGAAAGAAGGGAUUGGAGAUUGAAGGAUAUCCAAUUGAAGGGUUGUCUAUUGGUUGGCAAGAGACUUGUGUGAUUUUUCCUACUCUUAAGACGGCAUUUGAUAUUGGUAGAUGCCCGCAACGAGCUAUUUCUCAAGAUUUUCUCUUCAUUUCUCAUAGCCAUAUGGAUCACAUUGGAGGGCUCCCUAUGUAUGUUGCUACAAGAGGCUUGUAUAGUAUGAAACCACCAACUAUUUUUGUCCCUGUAUCUGUGAGAGAAAAUGUAGAAAAACUUUUUGAAGUGCACAGAGUAAUGCAUCAAUCUGAGUUGAAGCACAAUCUUGUUGCCUUGGAUAUAGGGGAAGAGUUUCAGAUGAGGAAAGACCUCAAAGUUAAAGCAUUCAGAACUUAUCAUGUCAUUCCAAGCCAGGGUUAUAUCAUUUAUUCUGUGAAGCAGAAACUUAAGCAGGAAUAUGCAGGUCUGUCUGGAAAUGAGAUUAAGAACUUAAGGUUAUCAGGUGUGGAGGUAACUUAUACCGUGUUAUCACCUGAAAUUGCCUUCACUGGGGAUACUAUGUCAGACUUUGUAGUUGAUCCAGAAAAUAGCGAUGCAUUAAGAGCACGAGUUCUUGUAAUGGAGAGUACUUUUGUUGAUGAUGCUGUGACAAUAGAGCACGCAAGAGAUUAUGGCCACACCCAUUUGUUUGAGAUUGCACACUAUGCUGAAAGAUUUCAAAACAAAGCAAUCCUCUUAAUUCAUUUUUCAGCUCGUUACCAAGCAGAUGAAAUUAAAGAAGCUAUUGCUAAACUUCCACCAUCUUUUUCUGGGUGAGUUUUUGCUCUGCUGGAAGGCAUCUAACUGUUGCUUGUAUGCUCAUAUCAAUUUACUCAUACACGACACGGAACCGACUUCACAUGACUCGAUAAACAUCAGAAUUCAGGAAGGGGAAGCACAAGUCAUCAGAAAUAAAAAUGAUAUUUCAUGCCUCAUUCAUAAUUCUUUCUCACCCCUUUCUUUUAUUGAUUUGAAGCUGUAGUUGAUGUCAUACUUAUGAGGAAACUUCUGAACUUCCAUGGUUCUUGCCAAUUGUAUGAAUUACAUACUCUUGAUCUAUUUUGUUAUCAUCUUUGUAUUGUAUUUACAUGUGAUAUUGGCUUCACUCUGGCUCUAUUAUAUUUGAACAUAGCUACUGCUUCUUCAGUGGCUUUUAAUUAGUUUUA